AAGAGAAACCAGUCUUUAAGCUGAAGCUCGUGCCGCCGUACAACAUUCUGUCACCCUUCACCUGGGUAACAGUACCAUUGCGCGUCAAAAGCAUUUUCAUUUUAUUUAUUUUUUUUCUAGAGAGAGAAAGAGAGAGUGAGACGAUUGAAGAGGAGAGAGAGAUUGCUUCCCGCGUUUUACAUGUCCAUAUCCAUUUCACUCAAUUUCCUCAUGCGUGCAAGCUAUUCCUAUUCUAAUAAUCUCAAAAACACAACCCUUCGCUCCCCACAUUUUCAUGGUUUUUGACGGUUUCAGUUCACUUUAAGCUUCUUCGUUCCUCAUUUCUCCUCCUUUCUUUUACCCUUUUGCUUUAUAUUACUUUCCUCUCUUAUUUUCUUUUUCCCCUCCUCAUCUUUAAACAAUACCCACUAAAUUAUCUGAACUAAUUUCCUUUGUUUUCCCUCUUUUUUGACUUGGAUUUUCCACUCCUCUUAAUCUCUUUCUGGGUUUCUUCUUUUCGGUAUUUGGGUCUCAUUCAUUUCACUUGGAUUUCUAGGGAAAAAAAAGCUAUUUCUCUGAAGAAGGUUGGAUUUCAUAGCUUUCGCGAAGUGGGGCUGUUUUAAUUCUGAAAAUCUACUUUUUCUGCGUUAAGAUCUGUCAAGAAAAUUGUGGCUUGGAGAACAAGACUGAUAUCAAAGUUGAUGGUUUUUGUAUAGGGACUUCCAAGAUCCGUACACCGAAGCCAUGGGAGGCCAUAUGAGCAAGAACAAGGCCCCCCCUGGACCAUCAUCUUCAUCCACUACGAACAUCAAUGUCCACACAAAUCUUCACUACACAACCGAGUUGAACUCCUACGAAGCAGCUUGCAAGCUUGACUCGGACUUGCAGUCCUUUGACUCGGCCCUCCAUGCUCGGACCAACCAGGUAAUCAAUACUCUAGCCGUUGGAGUCGAAGUCCGAUCCCUUUCAUUUGAUUCCCUGAAAGAAGUCACCGAAUGCCUUUUGGAGAUGAACCAGGAGGUGGUCAAGGUUAUCUUGGAAUGCAAGAAAGACAUAUGGAAAAACCAAGAGCUGUUCGAGCUAGUUGAAGAGUACUUCGAGAAUAGCUUGAAGACACUGGAUUUCUGUACGGCAUUGGAGAAGUGCCUUAAGCGAGCUCGUGACACCCAGCUGCUCAUUCUCGUUGCCCUUCAACAAUUCGAGGAGGAAACGGUAGAAGGAGGGAGUCGCUAUGUAAGGACACUUCAGGAGCUGAAGAAUUUUAAAACUGCGGGAGACCCUUUUACUACUGAGUUCUUUCAGCUAUUCCAAGAGGUUUAUAAACAACAGACUUUGAUGCUUGAGAAAUUGCAGCUCCGGAAGAACAAGCUUGACAAGAAGCUUAAAUGUAUCCAUGCUUGGAGGAAGGUUUCAAGUAUGAUAUUUGUGGCCACUUUUGCUGCCGUAUUGAUCUGCUCUGUGGUAGCAGCUGCCAUGGCGGCUCCACCUGUUGCGGCGGCUUUGGCUGCGGCUACUUCGAUUCCCAUUGGCUCAAUGGGGAAGUGGAUUGACUCCCUUUGGAAGAAGUAUGAAGAUGCUUUGAAGGGUCAGAAAGAGGCGAUUAGUGCAAUGCAGGUUGGGACUUAUGUUGCCAUUAAGGACUUGGACAAUAUCCGAGUCCUGAUUGAUCGUUUGGAGAUGGAGAUUGAGUCUCUCUUGCGAAAUGCCGAAUUCGCCAUUGAAGAAGAAGCAUUGAAAGUGGGAAUUGAAGAGAUUAAGAAGAAGCUUGGAGGGUUUAUGAAGACUGUUGAGGAGUUGGGACUACAGGCUGAUGUUUGCAGUAGAGACAUUCGCCGAGCCAGGACUGUGGUUCUACAAAGGAUCAUAAAGAAUCCCAACCAUUGAUGGUGGAAAGGAAAUUAGCUUAUUCCGGUAAUGUUGUAGUGCCCCGACGACAACAACUGUUCUGUCGUUGAAGGACUUUGUUUCCUCAGCUUAUAUUUCAAUUUAUUUCCUUUGGGAUUUAAAUAGGGGUGGAUAUUUAUUUCAUUCUUAGUAUACAUAUUUAUAGCAAAACAUAAUGUAAAGACUAAUAUUGCAUUUCACACUCUAUUUUCUGUGUUUUUGGCAAAUAGAGUUGUAGCUUUCUUCAUUUUGACAUUUGAUUAUGGUAUAUAAAGAGUCUUGUAACAUUGUCAAACAUUUCUAUGAUAAUAUGAUAUGCUCUUAUUUUCUGCUUCAA